AUGAACGGACAUGCAAAGCCUGGCCCCAGCUCGGCAGCGCUCGAAGCAGCGCCGAGUCGAGAUGACGCGCGAGUCUAUGACGGCAGACGUUUAGCGACGAGCAGCAACAAGGAAGCUGUCCCUGUCGAGUACGUCAUCAGCAGUGAUGACGAGAUCGAUGAGCGUCAGACUGGACCAGCGAGGCCUGCUCCUCGAUCAGCGAGCAGCGUCGCACCUCCCUUUCGCUACAACCACUUACCCCGGCAUCUUGGCAUAGAAUGGCCCGGUAGGGUCGGCAUAUCACAGUACCCUGGCUCGGGCGUAUCGACAUCCAUGCUACCUUCACCCUACUCGGCCAUCCGAACGGGUCCCUCUGCCUAUCUCACCGGACCGGCGCAACAACCAGAAAAUGGAGGCCUGAAUCCUUCGCCGGUCGAUAAAGCCCUUCACCUGCUGGGCGGAAUAGAAGCGAUCAGACAAGCAUUGGCCGAUCAGAAGAGUACGAGCAAGAAGCCUGCGAGCGUGAUUGAGAUGAGGACACAGUCUAUCUAUGAUGCGCCGAGUCAUCAUCCCAUCCAGGGCGAGAUCCAUCCUCAGGCCGGGCUGCUAUUCCGCGUGAUCCGGCGCAGAAGGGUGAGGAAGAAAGCCAACGUUCCUCUUGAUCCUACACUGUCCCCCCAUGACACCAAAGGCAAGAGAAAAGAAGGAUCUGCUUCGGCAGAAUGGCUCUGGGAUCAAGUCAACGUCGAACAGGAACAUGGCAUCUUCACCAUCGAGCCCGUUGGCAGAGUCUCGCGCAACAUCCGCUUUCGUGGACUAGCAGAUCAUCAAUUUGCCUAUCCUCCCACAACAUCAGAUCCUACUCUGCUCGCUGCACAGGCAAUGAGAGAGCUAUCGGUGCAAGGUAUCAUGAAGUUCCGCAUGCCACCGCCCUCUGAAGAUUUCACCCUCAGCUCGUCAACGUGGCUCCCUCCGCCCCUCUUCAGCCGAGUCAACGUUCCCUCGAUAUACAAUUUUGAUCAGGCCAAAGGCUUGCAUAUCAAGCCGGUAGUACGUCAGGGAGAAGAAUACCAACGACUUUACAAUCUUGCCAGUUGGUCUGGCAUCGCCUUGACGGAAGUCUUACAUUCCGUUGAAAGUGUGCCGAGUCAAGAACCGCCAGAAUGGAGUCGACUGUGUACUGCCAGCGAUGCUGAGCUCGCCCACCUUGCAAGAACAAUGUACGGCACGCGCAAGAUAUGGACUCGACCGGCUCUCUACAAUCACCUCCCACCAGAAACAGCUCGCGCCAUCACAAACGCGCGAAAGUGUUUGGCGGGUGUAGGCUACACAUUUGCUCAUGGUCCCUUUCGAGACUCGAUCAUCCAAUUUGGCUACGACCCGCGUGCAGAUGUCGAGAGUCGCUUGCAACAAGUUCAGAUCCGCGACAACGAGACUCUGCGGGCAAUGAACAAGCAGAUGGAACCUCGAGAGAUCAAAGCCAUCAUCAGCGCGAGACGAACGCAUCUGUUUGAUGGCGAAGUAUUGAGCAACAAGGGUGCUGCAAGUUACCAGCUCAUCGAUGUUAUCGAUCCCAUCAUCAAGCCUCACAUCAUGAACCAAGCCUACGUUCGCACGCAAUUCGACUUCACAGACGGGUGGUGGAAAGAAGGCUUUCUCGAAGUGAUCCGGAUCAUGAUCAGGCUACGUACUCGCUCGCUACUCCUCAAGGAAAACAUCGACGAUCAGGCUUGGCAAGUCUGUCUGGAUUCUCUCAUUCGCUCGGCCAAGACGACAGAGACGCUCUCCAUGCCCAAUCUCGAGCACAAACCCAAAAGACCUCGUCUGGGUACUGCAAAGAUCCAACCCAAAUCGGAUGAGCAAGUACCGACAAUGUCGAUGCCUAUCGAUCUUAGCCUGGCGAAACACUGGCGCGAGAAUGCAAGCUCUCUGAAGAAUCUCUCUCCUUGUUGUCACUGUGCCUUGACUGUUGCAUGCUUGUUCUGCCGUAUGAGAAACACGCCUUGCAAAAAAGCAAAUCUACAACUGCUCCUUGCCAGCCUUGCGAGUCUCUCUCAGCGCCUUCUCUGUGCCGUUGGCAGCGUAGCGGGCAUUCCGUCUGAACUUGGCAUCAACCUGUUAACCCAACCCGUCAGGAGGUGUGAUUGA